AUGGGAGAAAUCCCAUGUAUUCUCUCCAUCGGGGCGAUUCUAAUUGCAUUCAAAUGUCUUCUGAUUCCCUCGUACACCUCGACAGACUUUGAAGUGCAUCGGAAUUGGAUGGCAGUGACCUGGAACCGUCCACUGAAGGCGUGGUACACAGAAUCAACAUCUGAAUGGACUCUCGAUUACCCUCCAUUUUUCGCUUAUUUUGAAUGGGCUUUAGCCUACGUGGCACAUACAAUAGGAUUCGAUGAUUGCUUACAGAUUUCAAUGACACCUAUUAUGAGUCCUAGGAUUCUAGUUUUUCAAAGACUUUCUGUAAUUGCUACGGAUAUUUUCUAUGUGAGUUCUAGAAUUUUCUGGAACAUAGCCAUCUGCGCUCUUUACGCCUUCAAAUCCCCUCGUCUUGUCGCUGGAAUCCCGAAAAAGAUGAGAAAAAAUGCGCAAGAAGCGUGCUUCAUACUUCUAGCCACUCUACAGGCCCUAUUGAUUUGUGACUCGGUCCAUUUUCAGUAUAAUUCAAUGUUAACUGCGUUUUUCAUACUUUCCAUGUAUUUUAUCGAUUUUGGAAUGUUUUUAUUGAUUUUUUUCCAGGCGGCGCUAACCUUCUCAGUCCUUCUCAACUUCAAACACAUCUAUGUCUAUUACGCUCUGGGAUAUGUCUUCUUCUAUCUUGUCAAUUAUUUUGAGUUCUCUGUAGCCAAGUUUUUGAGAAACUUCUCCAAAGGUACCACUCGUUAUUCAUUCCAGUCUUUAACCGAAUUUCUUUCAGCCAUCUCUCUCGCCAUAUUUCUUCUCCUCCCAUUCGCCUUUUCCAUCUUCCCGUUCUUCCACGUGGCAGGCGCUGAAGGACUUCAGAACAUUGCCACUCGUCUGUUUCCAGUGUCUCGAGGACUCACACACGCCUUCUGGGCACCGAAUUUCUGGGCGCUUUACAACUUUGCCGACCUGAUUCUUUAUCGGGUUUUGAGCAACUUGAACAUCGGGAAAUUCGAGGCGCCAACUUAUACUUCUGGAUUGGUACAGGAGUAUUCGCAUAGCGUUUUGCCAAGUGUGAAUCCAAUUGGAACACUGUUUCUAGUAGUGAUUGCAUCAGUUAUUGUGCUGACUGGAUUGGUGAUACGGUGGAGGAAAGAUUCCCGCCCAGUGGAUUUCUCCCUUUUUGCCGUGUUUUCCGCCCUCUCCUUCUUCUACUUUGGAUAUCAUGUUCACGAAAAAGCCAUCAUUCUCAUCACAGUCCCAAUGACGAUUUUUGCGAUUAAAGACCCAAAGUAUCAUAGCCAUCUUAUCCAUCUCUCCUGUGUCGCCUCAUUUUCCUUGUUUCCUCUCCUCUUCACUCCAUUCGAGGUUCUUCUGAAAUAUGCUAUCUGCGUGGCAUAUUUCUUUAUUCAGCUGACUUUCUUGAAAAGAUACACCCGAAUGCCACUUGGUGACCUACUUCCCUGGCGGCAUGUAGCAAGUUGGGCGGGGCUAGCGAUCGUCGAGAUUUACAACACAUUUUUGCACAAAUGGCUUCUCUCGGAUCGUCUUCCUUUCGCACCUCUUAUGGUCAUCUCAGUUUUAACUUCCAUCGAGCUCACAUCAUUCUUUGGAUCUCUGAUCUGGACAACAUUUGCAGAUGGGAUUAUUGAGAUCUCUUGGCAAAAAGCCACGUGUCGUUUACGAGAGCAACUAAUUCGGGACAUGACCUACUCUGUGCAGACUGUAGAGGAUGAGCAAGACGUGCAGAUUGUGGCUGGAGUUGAUACAUCAGCAAGUUCGUCGAACCCUGACAUGGUUUAUGUAUCGGUUAGCUUCUGGAAAUACCCUGGUCUUCAACACCUGGCAACUAUCUCGGACACACGAAUCCUUCGACUACCGUAUAUUCCACAAUACCUUGCCGUUCGGGAGGCAGAGGUGGUGGCAGAUUUUGUGAGAACCGUAAUAGCAGAAAGGCCAGAGCUACGGCCAGAUGUCAUUUUGUGUGAUGGAUUUGGACGAUUUCACUCGAGAAGCUGUGGAAUGGCAUGCCACGUGGGAGCGCUUACAGGGAUUCCCAGUAUUGGAAUCGCCAAGAAUCUAGCACUUCAUGAUGUCUAUGAAACAGUAGGAAUCGAUAAAAAGUCAAAAGUGGAUCAGUUUGUGGAUAGUUGUAGAGAAGUGAGAAAACCCAAAAAUGAAUGUAUCUACAAAUCCAACAAGCCCGUGCCUGGAUUCAUCCCUUUCGAUAUUGUAGAACCAGUCAAGCUGAAUAUAUUAAGGAUGGGCGGGUCUAUGGUAACAAUCCAAGCAUUAUCCAAGCUCCUCCUAUUUUUUGAAUUUCAGAGCGGCGUCUUCGUGUCAGCUGGAUAUGGGAUUGACCUGGAUUUGGCUACCACGAUCUCGUCAAAAUUUCUUCUGAACAACACGACAUGUGAGCCCAUUCGUGCGGCUGAUCUGGAAUCGAGAAGGUUGGUCCGAGAGAACUUCGAUGGAAAUCGUGAUAAAAUCGAAUGA